AUGGGCGGACUGGAUAUAGGUGCAAGCGAAGUUGGAGUGGCUCUUGUGGCCUGGCCCGGGCGAGUGAGCGGCGAAAUGCUGGAUUUCAGCACGCGGCCGUCUUUCUGCACGGGCUCCUUUUCUGCCUGUGUGAGCGUGAAGUUGGACCAGGUGCUGUCCCAAUUGGGGCGAGGUUUGCGUUCAUGCUGGACCAUGGCGAUGUUCUUGUUCUGGAACUGGUGGUUGUGGGUCGCUGAGGCAACCGAUUGCGCCCGCGAGAGCGCCAUUGAAAGUUUCGAGCUCCGGAGCCCGUUUCGGACCGCCGUGUGGCGAAGAUCUUCAGAUUUCCGCUGGUGGGCCUGGCCAUGUUGCAUCGAAAUGGACCGCGGCGGCCCUUCGGCCACCUCAAUGUGUUUUCGGUCGUGGAUGCUGUUUGCCGAAUGCACACGAACAAGCCCGCGGCCUCUUGUAUCUUCGGACAUUGGUUUUCGCUUCUUUGUUGGUGGUGGAGGUACUGACAGGUGA